AUGAACCAGCUGGACGCACCACGGCCACUCAACUGGACCAUCAGAAAACUGUGCCAUGCAGCCUUCCUGCCAUCUGUACGCCUGCUAAAGGCACAGAAAUCGUGGAUAGAGAGAGCAUUCAGCAAGAGAGAAUGUGUUCAUAUCAUAGUGAGCGCCAAAGACCCCCAUAGGUGCUGUUGUGGUCGUCUGAUAGGUCAGCAUGUGGGCCUGCCCCCGGGCAUCUCAUCUAGUCAAAAUGAUAAGGCAGAGCGUUUGGCCAAGAAUGACAGCCUGGCGGAGAAGUGGUCAAUCAGUAAACACACACAGCUCAGUCCCACUGAUGCCUUUGGUACCAUUGAGUUCCAGGGAGGAGGACACUCCAACAAAGCCAUGUACGUGCGAGUGUCUUAUGACACCAAGCCUGACCUGCUGCUCCACCUGAUGACCAAGGAAUGGCAGCUGGACCUGCCCAAGCUGCUCAUCUCAGUCCAUGGGGGCCUGCAGAACUUCGAAUUACAACCCAAACUCAAACAGGUCUUUGGCAAAGGGCUCAUCAAGGCUGCCAUGACAACAGGAGCCUGGAUAUUCACUGGAGGGGUCAACACAGGGGUGAUUCGCCAUGUGGGUGAUGCACUGAAAGACCACGCCUCCAAGUCAAGGGGCAAGAUCUGCACCAUUGGCAUUGCUCCAUGGGGUAUCGUAGAAAAUCAAGAGGAUCUUGUUGGCAAAGAUGUGGUGCGUCCAUACCAGACCAUGUCCAACCCGAUGAGCAAGUUGACAGUUCUAAACAGUCUCCACUCCCACUUCAUCCUGGCAGACAAUGGCACCACGGGAAAGUAUGGCGCUGAGGUCAAACUGCGACGGCAGCUAGAGAAACACAUCUCCCUGCAGAAGAUUAACACACGUAUUGGUCAGGGUGUGCCAGUGGUGGCUCUGAUUGUAGAGGGAGGUCCUAAUGUGAUCUCCAUAGUUCUGGAGUACCUCAGGGACACUCCUCCAGUCCCUGUGGUGGUGUGUGAUGGAAGUGGCAGAGCGUCGGACAUUUUGGCCUUUGGACACAAAUACUCUGAGGAGGGAGGCAUAAUUAAUGAGUCUCUAAGAGACCAGUUGCUGGUGACCAUCCAGAAGACAUUCACCUACAGCCGCACACAGGCCCAACAUCUGUUCAUCAUUCUAAUGGAGUGCAUGAAGAAGAAGGAGCUGAUAACGGUUUUCCGGAUGGGGUCAGAGGGCCAUCAGGACAUUGACCUUGCCAUCCUCACUGCAUUACUCAAAGGUGCCAACGCUUCUGCCCCUGACCAGCUGAGUUUAGCGCUGGCGUGGAACAGAGUGGACAUCGCCCGCAGUCAGAUCUUCAUCUAUGGACAGCAGUGGCCUGUGGGUUCCCUGGAGCAGGCGAUGCUGGAUGCCUUAGUUCUGGACAGAGUGGACUUUGUAAAGCUUCUGAUUGAAAACGGAGUCAGUAUGCACCGUUUCCUCACGCUUUCCAGACUGGAGGAGCUCUACAACACGAGACAUGGACCAUCCAACACGCUGUACCACCUCGUCAGAGACGUCAAAAAGGGAAACCUGCCCCCGGACUACCGCAUCAGCCUCAUCGACAUUGGACUGGUCAUUGAAUACCUCAUGGGCGGGGCAUAUCGGUGUAACUACACCAGGAAGAGAUUCAGAACUCUAUACCACAACCUCUUUGGACCCAAAAGGCCCAAAGCCCUGAAACUGCUGGGGAUGGAGGACGACAUGCCAAUUCGCAGAGGCCGCCAGAAGACUACACGAAAACGAGAGGAAGAGGUGGACAUCGAUUUGGACGACCCAGAAAUCAACCAUUUCCCUUUCCCCUUCCAUGAGCUGAUGGUGUGGGCUGUGCUUAUGAAACGUCAGAAGAUGGCAUUGUUCUUUUGGCAGCAUGGCGAAGAGGCCAUGGCCAAGGCCUUGGUAGCCUGUAAGCUUUGUAAGGCCAUGGCACACGAAGCCUCAGAGAAUGACAUGGUGGAUGACAUCUCCCAGGAACUAAACCACAACUCCAGAGAGUUUGGCCAGCUGGCAGUGGAACUCUUAGACCAGUCCUAUAAACAGGAUGAGCAGAUGGCCAUGAAGCUGCUGACAUAUGAGCUGAAGAACUGGAGCAACGCCACCUGCCUGCAGUUGGCGGUAGCAGCCAAACACAGAGAUUUCAUCGCUCACACCUGCAGUCAGAUGCUACUGACCGACAUGUGGAUGGGACGCCUGCGCAUGCGCAAGAACUCCGGCCUGAAGGUAAUCUUAGGGCUGCUUCUGCCACCGUCCAUCCUGAGUCUGGAGUUCAAGAACAAGGAUGAGAUGUCUUACAUGCCCCAGGAUCAGGAGGCCUACCUGCAGGAGAAAGAGGAGGAGGAGCCUGAGAAACCAGUCAAGGAGAAGGAGGAAGAAGACAUGGAGUUCACAGUAAGAUCUUACUGUGAGGCGCAGUACAACUCCGUGGCAAUGCUGGGUAAGGUAACCACGGAGACAUCCAGAAAGAAGGAUGUUGAGGAGGUACAGAACCGCCACCGCCUCAUCCCCAUGGGACGCAAGAUAUAUGAGUUCUACAACGCUCCGAUUGUGAAGUUCUGGUUCCAUACGAUGGCAUACGUUGGCUACCUGAUGUUGUUCAACUACAUUGUCCUGGUCAAGAUGGACCUGUGGCCUUCUCCUCAGGAGUGGAUCGUCAUCGCUUAUAUCUUCACCAAUGGCAUCGAGAAGAUGAGAGAGAUCCUGAUGUCAGAGCCGGGGAAGUUAUUACAGAAGGUGAAGGUGUGGCUUCAGGAGUACUGGAACAUCACAGACCUUAUGGCCAUCCUCAUAUUCUCGGUCGGCAUGGUUCUGCGUCUCCAGGAGCCGCCUCUCAUGAGCUACGGGCGGGUCAUCUAUUGCGUUAACAUUAUCUAUUGGUACAUCCGGCUGCUCGACAUCUUUGGAGUCAACAAGUACCUGGGUCCUUAUGUGAUGAUGAUUGGCAAGAUGAUGAUCGACAUGAUGUAUUUUGUGAUCAUCAUGUUGGUGGUGCUGAUGAGUUUUGGGGUGGCGCGUCAGGCCAUCCUUAACCCUAAUGAAGACCCAUCCUGGAUGCUAGCUAGGAACAUCUUCUUCAUGCCUUACUGGAUGAUCUACGGAGAGGUGUUUGCCGACCAGAUUGACCCCCCCUGUGGGCAGAACAUCACUACAGAGGAUGGGGUGGUGGUGGCCCUGCCUCCCUGUAAGACGGGUGCGUGGAUUGUCCCAGCCAUCAUGGCCUGCUAUCUGUUGGUGGCCAACAUACUGCUGGUCAACCUUCUCAUAGCUGUGUUCAACAAUACAUUCUUCGAGGUGAAGUCCAUUUCCAACCAGGUUUGGAAGUUCCAGCGCUACCAGCUCAUUAUGACCUUCCAUGAACGGCCAGUCCUUCCUCCACCCCUCAUCAUCUUCAGUCACAUAACCAUGGUCCUCAAGCACCUGUGCUGUCGCUGGCGCAAGCAUGACGACGACGAGAGGGACUAUGGACUGAAGCUUUUCAUCACAGAGGAUGAGCUGAAGAAAGUCCAUGACUUUGAGGAGCAAUGUAUAGAAGAGUACUUCAGAGAGAAAGAUGACAGAUUCCACUCCUCAAAUGAUGAGCGGAUCAGAGUCACUUCUGAAAGGGUGGAAAACAUGGCAAUGCGUCUGGAGGAAGUCAAUGAGAGGGAACACUUCAUGAAGGCUUCACUGCAGACUGUUGAUAUUCGUCUGGCACAAAUGGAGGAGCUGAUUGGACGAAUUGCCGUGGCACUAGAGCGUGUGACAGGGGUUGAACGUGGUGAGGUCAACAAAGCACGUUCCAGGACUUCAUCUGACUGCACAGACUCUGCAUACAUACUCCGCCAGGGUGAGUGCCCAGAAGCAGCAUACAUCCUCCGUCAAAGCAGCUUUAACAGCACAGAGGGGAAUGCCUACCGUCUACAGGAGGCACUGGAGGGAACAGCUGAGGGCUCCAUGUCCCCUCCCUCUCCCACUGGCAUGACCACACGCACAAGAAGCCACUCAUUUUAUGUCGGAGGUGGUCGCGGUGGUGAACGUGCGAGUGGAGCUGAGCGAGCUGAGAGCUUCUUCAAAGAGCGCUCACUCAGUCUCCACCGAGCCAACAGCUCACAAUCUGUGUCCUCAACUGCCGCCCCCAAGGAGUCUAAGCCCCUCCCCCUGGCAACGUUGUCGGUCUCCCAGCAGCACCGUCCAUCAUCAUGCAUUGAUAUCUAUGUCUCAACUUCUGAGGAGGUGGGGCCUUCAGAGGUCUUCCUGGAUCCUCUCCGUGUGGUCCCACCGCUCCAGAGAGACUCCUCGCUGCAGUCAGAUAUCAUGGAGACGGUGAUGCCGGGAGGCCGGGACUUCAGCAGCGCUGCCACCAGCGGAUUGGGCGACAGGCACUCGGAGGGCGUUGCAGGCAGCAGCGGCACAGCUGGAGCUAUGUUUGAUGACAGUGCAGCUGCUGAUUUGUCGUUGUGCUCAGCCCACCUCUUACCAGACACCACCUUACCCCCUUGGGACAUAGAACCAUCCCCACCUCCCUCAGCAGGGCUGCUCGAACGCUCUAAGAGCAGUCGCUACCUCUCUACGGCAGGCACAGCAUUCCUGGACGAGCCUUCUCUGGUCAAAUCCCACAGCCUCAUGUUCACACCAAGAGGCUGCUAUGGUGGACUGGGGGCAGGAGUCCAGGUAAAAGCUGCAGAGUACACCAGCAUCACUGACUGCAUCGAUACACGCUGUGUCUCAGCUCCAUACGCUCCUGCAGAACGCUCACACUCCCCUGGAGGAUCCACCUCAUUCCCCUUUGAUAAGCCGUCAGACAUUGGUUCCUCUCACCCAGAGAGAGAGGCAGAGCUUAGCCACACAGAGUCUGAUCCAGAGGACCCUGAGGACCUGAUUCCAGCCCCUGAUACGCCUCGCCUUGGGGGCCUUGGCGGGCCCAGUGGGGCCCCUCUCUGCUCCCCCUUCUCCAGGCUGGAGCGAGCAAACAGCUGCUCCUCAGAUGACUCCCAUCCUUCCCUCACGCUGGCCCCUCCGCACCGGAAGAGCCUGUCGGUGAGUGAGAGGAUGGAGAGGGGACCGGGUCUGGGGGCAGACAGGGGGCCUGGGGCUGGGGGCCGGGGUCUGGCAGGAACCAGAAACCCCUUCCUCAGGAGCAAGUCUGGAGCACGGCCUGAAACAGCCAAGACUGACAGCCUCUCCAUGAGGAAGCUGGCCACUCCAUCAGCUUUCCGCAGUUUUGAUAGACAAAACUACACGUGACAAGGACACUGAUCAGCACACUCACACACUGAUAGGACCAGGGAGGAAAACUGAGGGCACAAGUGAAAACAGGGUGAAGUUGCCCAUAGAUGGUGAUCUGGACCAGAGCUACAGUUUUUUCACUUAUGUUUUAGGUUAGAAAGAGGAUAAAAGUUUAUUCAUAGUACGUGCUGGAGGGCAACUUUACCCUGGAUCAUG